AUGGUUGAUAGUGGCAGAAGACCACAACACAUUUCCUCGAAUGGGGACGUUUACACAGCUUUUCUGAUUGUUCCCUUUCUUAUAUUAAUCAUUGGUGUUGUGAUCAUGUUAGUCACGCACUCCUCAUUUUUCCAAAACUUCUUUUCGACUUCGCGCCCGACUUCCAAACUUCGGCUUGAGGUAUCUUUACAAGAUGCAUACGCCGGUCGGACGAUCACCCAGAUGAUCACACGCAACAUCAAUUGCCCAAAAUGUGGGGGUACAGGCGCCCACUCUUCUCACGACAUCCACACGUGUUCCCGUUGUGGUGGUCAAGGCAAAGUCCGUCAACAAGUGAACGUUGGACUUUUCAUUUAUGAAGAUAUUGUUAUGUGUCCACGGUGUAAAGGGAGUGGUGUUGAAGUAACGAAAUAUUGUGACAAAUGUCGUGGGAGUGGCAAAGUGAGUGAGUCGAUUAAGGUCUCCAUCGAGAUCCCGCCAUACACCCGUAAUGGGGAUGUACUCACAAUCAAAGGAAAAGGGGAGAUGGAAAGCGAUUUGUUAGUCUAUUUGUCCGUUCCAAAAGAGGGAAAAGGGUUUCGUGUGAACGGAGAUGAUUUCGAUUAUGACUUAAAUAUAUCUCUAAAAGAAGCCUUACUUGGUUUCGAGAGAAGAAUCGAACAUUUGGAUGGUCAUCAAAUACUUAUUAAAAGGAGUGGAGUGACUGAGGACGGAAGUGUUAUACCAGUCUCUCGAGAGGGUUUAAAGAAUGGAUUCUUCUCUAAAGGGUAUUGUAAUUUUCAUAUUAAAGUCGAUGUCAACAGUAUAAGUCAAGAGCAAGCGAGAAAGGUAGCAAAAAUACUCAAAGAAAAGUAG